UGGAGAAGGCGGCGAGGGGGAGAAGAGAGAGAGAGAGAGAUGUCGAUCCUGUGGGAGAAGAGCUCGGCAUGGCGGUGGCUGGUGGGGCGGACGAGGGAUUCGAAGCCCUUCUUCUUCACCUUCGCGGCUCUCUGCGGCGUCGUCCCCGGCGUGGUGGGCUACGGCGUGAUGCAGCUCACCAGCUCCCGCAACGACAAGCUCGAGGCCCACCUCCGCUCCAACGCCCGCCCGGAGACCACGAUGAUGGGACAAGUGAACAGGGAGAGGCUGGCAGAGUUUCUCGGUGAGAUACAAAGGAAAGAGGACACAAAUGACAGAUACGUCGCUGCUCUUAAAGGGGAGACACUGACAAGGAAACGCUAUGAACGAAUUCAGCCUGUCCAUCAGCAACCCGCUCAGGAGAAUGCAAAGGACCAUCAAGCUACCCAGGAGAAGGGCAAGGCUAAGUGAACAUAAAUGAGCUGUAGCUCUAAAAAAAUUAUGAAGGGAGGUUUAUGUGUCAUAUUUCCUCUUUAUGAGAUAGUGGAAGUAGCAUUAGCGGGACAAGUAAACUCCUUUUCAAGUCUUAUCUUUGGCAACUUUUGAUUAGUUCCGAUGCCCUUAUAGCAAGAAUGAUGCAGGAGCAAGAAAGUAUGUUUCAUCUGCCUUUCCAGAUUCUCGCUAUUCAAAUAACACGGAUAUCAAAUUCAAUUCAUAA